AUGUCGCAGUCCACGACUUUUGACCUUCACACACCACCCACGUUGCCGUCACCAACAGUACAAACCCCUAGUGAGCAUUCGCCUUACUCUAUGGAUGCUGAACCUAAUCUUCCGGCACUAGAUUCUGUCGAUGUCGACUCGUCUGUGUUGACAGAAAUCCCCACGAAUGUCAGUCGCAGACCAAAGCAGCCAUACAAUUGCCGCGACCUCCCCGACUCGGAGUCGGAGGAAGAGGAAGAGGACCCCGAUAUCCUCAGGCCCAAUUGUAGGGGCCGCUGGUUCACAUGCCUGGGUGCCGAUUAUGGUCCUAAGGACCACAAGUGGUACGGCAUUCACCCCAGACUGGGGAUGCGAUAUGGGCAGCUGGACGAAACCCAGCAGAAGCUCUAUGAAGAUCUUGGACCUGACUAUGAGCACGAGGAGGCCGCUCUUACCCUCCUCGAAAAGGUCAAGUUGGAGGGCUUGGAAGGCGUGAAGCCCGAGACCUUCAAAGCAAUGAUGAUCCAAUGCAAGACAGCGAAGAAGUGGAAGCUCGGAGUGCGACGUUGUGCCAAACCCCCUGACACGUACUCGCACAUGAAGAGCCAUCUGCUCACAACGAUGCACGCUCCGAUCGGGUAUGAGUGUCCAGAUUGUCACAUGACUAUACUUCAAGAACCAGACAUGAAACGGCACUUAGAAGAGUCACAUGCUUAUACAAAUCUUCCGGGGUCACUGGAGGAGAUUAGGAAAGCACUCAACAGGCCUCGACGCAAGGCUCCUCGGCUCAAGGUCUCUCAACCCCCGGGAUCUGUCCUGCAGGAUUCACAGGCUGUACCCAAGCCUUCCAGCGGUUCAGUUGUCGUCGGCAAUUACUACACAGUCCAGGUCAAGGCGCCUAUCACCCACGCACUGACCCACCCCCGACAACAUAACACCAUUCAUCAUUCUAGACCGGCUCCAUAUCACAUGGAUACCCGUCCUGUUCAUGUGCCUAGACACAGCGCACUCCGGCAAACCCUACCCCAGGGUCAGCCUGAUAACUUUGGAUAUGCUCCACCAGUUUACGCACCUAACCAACUUCCCGAUGAGGACUACGUGGGCCAAACCCUUGCAUCCGACAAAGAGUGCCUCACGUUCUCUGGGGCCAUGCUCCCCACGUCACGAGUGGCCACCAAUACUGUCAACUAUCUUCUGGCAGUUCCAAGCGUGAUGUACACUUCAGCGCUCCAGUCUGCGGGCUACCCUAUGUACACCCAGGUUUCGCGUUCUACGAUUAGCGUCAUUUUGUAA